AUGAGAUCUUUCUCUGAGCACUACGAAAAACAGCCUCCGUCAAGCUUAGCGAGCGCCUACUCUGAUGCAACAGAAAGUCAAUGGCUUCUCUCAACAGAAUCUAGAUCUACGGAGGAGAAAACUUUAGUAUGGAUGGAUAUUGAGGCUACCGUACCAAUGAUUGGGAAAAGCGCAAAGGCACGAAGAAAAUCCGUGUUGCGAAAAGUAUCCGGUGUGGCUUUACCACGUGAAGUGCUCGCAAUUAUGGGCAGCAGCGGUGCCGGGAAAACAACUCUAAUGAAUAUACUUGCUUUUCAAAGCAGUAAAGAGGUCGAAUGCAAUGGUGUUGUAAUGUUAAAUGGAAAACCUAUGACAAAGCAUGAAAUGCGAAGCAUCUCCGCUUAUGUUCAACAGAUUGAUCUAUUCUGUGGGACAUUAACAGUUAAAGAACAGCUCACCUACUCAGCAUUACUUAGAAUGGGCAGUGAACACUCGUACAAGGAAAAGAUGGAGAAAGUUGAAGAAGUGAUUAAGGAUAUGAAUCUUGGCGAAUGCAAAAAUUCUCUCAUUGGAAUUCCUAAUCGUAGAAAAGGGAUAUCCGUAGGCGAAAAGAAACGACUUGCAUUUGCCAGCGAAAUUUUGACAGAUCCCGCAAUAUUGUUCUGCGAUGAGCCUACAAGCGGAUUGGAUGCAUUUAUGGCACAUCAGGUUGUCACAGCUCUGCGUAUAAUGUCCGAAAAAGGUAAAACGGUAGUUACCGUAAUACAUCAGCCUGGUAGCCAAAUUUUCAAUAUGUUUGACAGAGUUUGUUUUAUGGCGCUUGGAAAAACUGCCUUUCAUGGAACAGUGAAAGAUUUAAUAAAGUUUUUCGCUAGCCUUGGCGAUCCCACUCUACGGGUCCCAGAGUCUUAUAAUCCAGCCGAUCAUGUGAUAGCAAAAUUAUCGGUGUCCGAAGAUACGUCGGAUGAGGAUGAGGAGCGUGUUCAGUACAUCACUGAAAAGUUCCAUGACAGUAUUACGGGUGCCGAACUUAGGCACCUUAUUGAAGUUGGAUCCACAAAGUUGGAGAGUAAUGAAGACGAAGAAACUGAAAAACACAGGGGAAACUAUCCUGCCUCCAUUUUCGUUCAAAUGAACGUCUUAUUCCGAAGAGCAUUUCUUACGACUAUAAGAGAUCCAGUUCUGUUACAAGUUCGAAUACUUCAGGUUGUGAUUACCUCAGUGGCAAUCGGGAUUGUGAACUUCCAAACUGAGGUCUACGGACCAUCUAUUCAGAAUUUAGAAGGUGUCAUGUACAAUUGCGUCCGUGACAUGUCAUUUUUGUUCUUUUACCCUUCUAUUAAUGUUAUCACAAGUGAGUUACCUGUGUUUUUGCGUGAAUCUAAGGCUAGGAUCUACUCACCUGAAGCUUACUUUAUAUCAAAAUCAUUGGCGGAGAUGCCUCAGUACAUUGUACUUCCAUUGAUCUACUCGGCGAUUCUUUAUUGGAUGACAGGCCUAGCACCCACUGCAAGACAAUUCAUUAUUUUCUCACUCGCAAAUGUUUUUCAGUCGUUGAAUGCUAUUUCAAUAGGAUAUGCUUCCGGAUGUGUUUUUGGCGACGAAGGCCUCGCAAUCACAGCAAUGUCUGGAUUUAUGCAAGCGAUGCUUGUUUUUGGUGGAUUCUACAUUAAUAUUCAUAACAUACCGAUGUGGAUGAGACCAUUUUCUGCUCUGUCAUUUUUCAAGUACAGUUUUGAGGCGUUGCAAAUCAAUCAAUGGGAAGAUGUGACUUACAUUCGAGGAUGCACAGGUCUACUAAGUACAGGAAACAAUACCGUAUACUGUCCCAGUGAGACCGGAAAAGGUCUCCUACGUAAACGUGGAAUGGAAGGACCACUUAUUUUGAAUAUCUUGCUAUUAAUCUUCUUCAUAGUAAUGUAUCGUGUAAUAGGUCUUAUCGCACUGAUAUUGCGAACAAGAUUUUCCUAA